AUGAGCAGCCAGAAGACGUCGUGGCCGGAGGUGGUGGGGUGGCCGGCGGCCCAGGCGGUGACGCAGAUCAGCAGCGACAGGCCCGACGUGGCCAUCGAGGUGGUCCCGGACGGCACCAACGUGGCGCCUGGGUACAACGCCCUCCGUGUCCGCGUCUACUUCGACACCAGCGGAGCCGUCCUUUACACGCCCGUCGUUGGUUAG